AUGCCGCCACACGUAGAAGGGACGCUAACUGCGGACUCGCUUCGGAAGACGCAACAAUUGUGGAAGACUUGGGAAAGAGCGGCCGAGAAGGAAGGAUCGAGACACACCGUCUACUGGGUGAAUGGAGCGCAGUACGUCGGAGAAUGGGGAGGCAACAAACGCGAUGGAAAAGGUACACACUUCUACAGGAACGGCGACAAAUAUGAAGGAGACUGGAAAAAUGGGAUGCGCGAAGGGUUGGGGACUCUCUGGAUAUUCCACGACGGAAAGUACAGGCUCCGGUACAACGGAAGCUGGGAGGCCAAUGUGCCGAUGGGCAAAGGCUUGUUCUACGACGAGGACGGAAACAUGUACGAAGGACAUUGGGAGAAUGGAAAACGGCAGGGGAGGGGACGCGCUGUCUAUGGUGGAAGGGCCAUUGAUGGAUUCGGAGGCAAUGUCUAUGAGGGAGACUGGGACAACAAUUUAAAGCACGGCCGAGGAACAAUGACAUAUGAGAACGGUGACAUAUACGAAGGCUACUGGCGGGGCGACAAAAAGAGUGGACACGGAACGUACUACUUUAUGUCCAAAGGAAAGAGGCUCGACGGAGUCUGGGACGACGACUCUCUGAAAGCAGGAACGUACAACGAGAUGCAGCCGAAACCACCUUCCACUCCAGGGGCUCUGCCAUCCCUUGAGCUCAAGUUCCCAAAGCAGGUGCUCGCCAAGGCCAUGCAGAAAGCUUUAGAUGACCAUUGCGACCACACCGCAUUCAGCUGGGAAUAA